UACCCCCAGCGUUCUGGGAAGUUUUAUGAAUGAAGUUCUGCCAACCCUUUCGUUGCCAAAGACGGUGGUAAAAAUGUGCUUGGGCCAGUGUACCCCGGGUCGACGACCAUUGCCCCUCCAGUAACCGUGCACAGUAGAAAGGAUCAUUGCAGCAGCCCCGGUGGCUCAUUAGCAAGCUGACCGUUGCCGUGUGAACACACUAUCCUCUCCGCAGCUCAAUAUCGUGUGAUGUGAGGUUCGGAUCGAUUUGGAGCAUUUAAAAGCAAGUAAAAGUGAACGCAAUCCGGAUACAAAAUGAAGUGCAGUAACGUUCAAUCGUACACAAUUGCCGUCGCCGUGCAGUUAACUGUGUUGCUCUGCUGUGUUGGCGUAACCGACGCGCGGAUAAUUCACCGGAUCAGUGAUUAUAAUGCCCCGAUGGCGGAACCAGUGCGCCAGUGCCGUGCGAUCUGCUUGGCGAAUCAUCUGCACGAGGAGAUCAACAACAUUGUCGUGACGGAUGAGUGUACCGAUCGGCCGAACUGUUUCAUGUGCUGGGACUACUGCAAGAUUCUGCACGAGGAGAAGCGCAUCGUGCGCGGCUUGAUGUGCAGUGAUGUGAUUUGUUACUCUGGAUGUAAGACGGCCUGCAAAUACUACGGAGGAUUCUUUCGAAGCGAAACCCCGAAAGCUCUGCUAAGGUCUCUCACCAUACCGGCCGUCGGCGGACACCCAUCCAAGAACCGGUACGACGUUGAACCCAGUGCUACCUAAUCAACGAGACGCGUGCUCGUACAUCGUUACUACCUUACCCUCGCCACCAGACGGAAAGGGCUUGUUCCAGCGUAGAAAGCAUUGUAAAUAACUGCACGGCCCUCCCC